UUUCAAAAAGAAGUAGCACAUUAUAUCGUCGGUUUUAUUGUUAUUUCAUGUUAGAACGUUUCACAAAGCGAUGAGGAAUAAAGAGAAUGUUACAAUUUCGUUUAUGUGUAUUUUGUUUUUACACGUUUAGGAUUGUAAACGCCCAUGUAGACAGCGCUAAGUUAGAAGAAGAAUGUAAGAUAGCGGACAUCUGCCGACACGACCAGGUGCCGAUCUGCGGAAUCGACGCCUGCGGAGAGAUGAGGACUUUCAUAGACUCCUGUGAUAUGCACGAGUUCAAUUGCGAUUCUAAAAAAGAUUUUGUCCAAAAGCCAGCACACGAAUGCUGGGUGACCUGCAAACGCGGUAGAAGUUUCAAGAAGGCAGCUUUCGGCAUCGGAUGUGACACUAAAAACUUACCUCCUUAUACAUGAUACUAAUUAAGAGUAUAUUGAAUUUAUAUCAUAAAGUUAAUGAAUAGA